AUGACUAACCCGACCCAUGUAAUUAAAGUUGUGCCCCGGUCUUUUGGUGUGAAGAUUUGUUACCAAAUUUGGGGUUCCCCGGUUGUAUUCGUUGCAUCCGUUGCAUCUAUUGCAUGCAACGAAUGUGACGAAUAUGAUCGAUUGAGCGGAUGGGUUGGUGGCAUCAAUGGCAUAG